AUGCGUUUGAACACUAUACUGACGGUGUUGGUGGGCGUGGCCAGUUGCUCAUCCGACUCCAGUGGACAUAGACACCAACAUCGGCAUCCUCACGCAACACCAGUGGCAUACCCUGUCAAAAGACAAGUCGCAGGCGGUUCCCCUGGGGCCAGGAGUACAACACCACCGCAAAGUAUAGUACCCUCGCCUACCAGUGGCUCUUCAGUGUCCCGGCCAGUCAACGUGCAGCCCAAAGUAACUAGCGUGGGUUUGUUGAUCACCGAACUCGAGGGAGGUGUCGCACAGAUCAUCACUGCUCGCCCUGGUCCGCCCCCUGAUACCAAGGGUACCGUCAUCACCAAGUUGAAUACCACGGGUCACGCCACGAUAGCGCCUCUGCUCACCAGGCCUAUUCCUCCGAUAAAGGAACGAUUCGGCGUGGAUCUUGAAGCUCGAUCCGCAGAAGUAAUAUCAACCAGAAACUCGCCGUCCAGACCGGUUGUCGCCAGGAUGGCUGCUCCAAACAUAUUCGCAGAGCCCAUCUCAACCAACCCACCACAUGCAAAGUUCCAACGCCGCGAUGAUCAUCCAGUUGGACGGAGCAGCAUCACGUCGUUGGCGCCGUAUCCCACCAACAAGUUCUUUAGCAACAUGUAUCUGGGAGGCAUGAGGAGCCCGGCGUUUCUUCACCCGUACUCGAUCCAAUGGGCCAAGGGGGAGGGUGUCACUGGCAGCUGGGGGUUCGCCAUCUCCCACACGGAACCUAAUCAAAGAGUUUUUGGUCCACCUGAGCCGGCGACCAAAGCUGCCAAGUACUUCAUCAAUCCGAUUGGCAUCCAUUCCAUCGUUCUCUCUGCCCAGGAGCUCGGUCCUCAGACUCAACUUGCCAUGACUGAACUCUGCGCCUUCAGCGCCAUGGCCGAGUUGCGAGCCAAUCCCGGCAGCCAGCCGGUCCUGAAGAUGCCUUUUAUCCAGGGCUCAGGGUUCAUCACGGGCAUCUACAACGGUGCAAGACCCAUUGUCAGCUCCGGUGUUUACUUCAGGCAGGUCCUGCGUGCCAAUCAAAACCCUCGGCCCGGCGUUGUCAAAUACAAAAUGUUCCUGGAGGACGGAAGGUCGUGGCUUUUGUACGCACGCCACACGUCAGGCAACCCCCUCAUUCUCGAUGUUGUUGACAGCAAGAACUUCAAGGCGAGGGAGCCAUUUUGGGGUACCAUUCAAAUUGCCAAAGAGCCAGGGAACGGUGAGGCCAUAUACGACCAGGCGUGCGGCGCGUACGCCACUUCAAUGGAGCUUUCAGGAACGACUAGCGGCACCUCGGGGUCGUACACGUUCACCUUCAAGCGGGCGGGUCUCGCGAGCCAGAAGCUGCUCAUGUUUGCGCUACCGCACCACGCCGAUGGGUUCUCGGACGCAUCGCGCCAGGCCGUCACUGGCCUCAAGUUGCAGACGACGACCAAGGGCGUGGCGACCGGAGUGUUGGCGGAUUCGUGGACGAUCCGGGAGACUCUGGCCACGGGCAUCGGGUUCCUGCCUUGGGACCCCAGGAGGGGCGAGAUCACCAAGUUGGGCAACUCUGCUAGGAUGGCGGUGCUCAGGAUCGCGCAGCAGGAGCUGGCGCAGAACAUGAUCGACCAGGCGAACUUGGAUUCGAUGUACUUCAGUGGCAAGGCGUUGGCCAAGUUCGCCUCGAUCAUCGUCAUCGCCAACGAUUUGCUCAAGAAUCCCGAGGUCGCCCAGACGGGGCUUAACCAACUCAAGAGGGCUUUCGCCAUCUUUGCAGAGAAUCGACAAAAGUUCCCGCUCGUCUACGACACCCGAUGGGGUGGGAUAGUGUCUAGCGCUUCGUAUGUGACGGGACAGCCAGGAAUAGAUUUCGGCAACACAUACUACAAUGACCACCACUUCCACUAUGGUUAUUUCGUCUACACGGCAGCUGUGAUUGCCCACAUCGACAGGGCCUGGGGUGACGCCAACAAGGAAUUUGUCAACACGCUGGUCCGAGACUUUGCAAACCCGAGCGCCAAGGAUGGCUUCUUCACCAUGUAUCGCAACUUUGACUGGUUCCACGGGCACAGUUGGGCUCACGGGCUGUACGAUACUCUGGACGGAAACGACCAAGAAUCCAGCUCGGAGGACGCCAUGUCGGCUUACGCCGUCAAGAUGUGGGGACGCGCCAUCGGCGACGCAAACAUGGAGGCGCGAGGCGAGCUGCAGUUGGCGUUGCAGGCGCGGGCGUUCAAGUACUACUACCUAUACGCGUCAGACAACAAGGUACAGCCGGCCGAGUUUGUAGGCAACAAGGUGGCGGGCAUCUUGUUCGAGAACAAGAUUGACCAUACGACCUUCUUUGGCAACAACAUCGAGUUCAUCCAGGGCAUCCACAUGAUACCCCUGAUGCCCUUCUCACCGCUGACACGCAGCGACCAGUUUGUCCGCGAGGAGUGGGCUGCCUAUUUUGACAACGGCCGCAUCAACGAAGUGCAAGGGGGCUGGAGGGGAAUCCUGAUGGGCAACUAUGCGCAGAUAAACGCGGCGACGGCAUACAGCUUCUUUGGGUCGUCUAAGUUCGACCCAGGCUUCCUGGAUGGCGGUGCGUCCAGGACCUGGUACAUGGCUUACUCUGCCGCCUUGGCGGGUCUCUGA